AUGAAUAUUAUUUAGAAAUAUUCAGAUUUAUAAAAUUCUUUGGAGCUCUUAAAUAGUGAACCAUAAUAGUUGAAUUCAAAUGAUGUUUAUGAAUAUGUCGCAAUUGAUAUUUCACCAAAUUUAGAAUGGUUGGCAGUUGGCGGUCUCUAUAUUGAUAAUAUCGUUCUGUGGAAGAUAAGUUACUAAAGUGAAACAAAGGUGAUAGGAACUUAGAUGAAUGAAGACUUAGGAUAAUUAGAAUUUUCAAACGAUUCAGUGUUUCUGGCAGCUUGUGGAUCUAGCACAAAGAUAAUAAUUUGGAAUAUGAAAGAUUUAGAUGAAAAUCCUGCUAUUUUAGAUGGACACUAAUCAAGAAUUUGGAGAAUUUAAUUCUUCAAUAAACCUCAAUUCGAUAUUUUGUGUUCUGGAAGUUCGGACUCAUCAGUGAAGAUAUGGAAUGUUACAAACAGAUAAUUAUUGUAAAGUUUUAAUAUGAAUGAAGAUAAUUAAAUAUAUAGUAUAGGAGUAUCUGUUAUGAAUGAGUGGAUUGUAACGACAGGAAAUGAUUCAAGAGCUUUGAUUUUAGACAGUAAAAGGUUGAAGUUGCUGUCAUAAUAUAAAAUCUGCGACAAUUAAUUAUACUAAGUAGGAUUUCCUUAUCAUACUUCACAAUACUAUGCUUGUUCCGGCAUGGAUGAGUAUGUUAGAAUAUUAUCGAAAAAUAAAUUAAUAAGAAAGAUAAAGUUCCCAGAAAACUGGAAAUGGCAAAUUGAAUUCACUUGUCAAUCCCUCUUAGCUAUAUCUAGCAUAAACUCUAUAUGGUUUUGGGAUAUUAGCAGAGGUAUUCUAUUGAAAGUGGUAGAAAACUUAUUUUAUACUUAUCCUUCAUUUCGUUUUAAGUAUUUGGAAAAAGGAAUCUGUGCGACAGCCAGCAAAACUAUGAUAAAAUUGUGGAUAAAGUGA